AUGGUAUAUGGAGAAAAUGUGAUAGCAUUUGUACAGCAGCAGCCAGCAGCCGCACAACCAGCAACAAUCAGCGACCAGCAGCAGGCGACAACCAGGAAGUCAGCAACCGCCAGUUCCGUCGACCAGCAGCAGCAGCCGCCAGUCCUGUCGACCAGCAGCACACACAGCAGUAGCAACCGCCAGCCACCAAUCCCAGUCGACCAGCAGGGCUCAGGCAGCCGCAGCACCACGCACAGCAGCAGCCGGCGACCGGCAGCGACAACCAUCAGCUUUGAGAUGGCUGAACAAAAUCAAUCAAAUGUGGGUGUGGCUAAUCAAAGUCGAAUAAGUAUGGCUGAUUCUACGGAUAAUACACCUACUACUAGCAAUGAUGCCUCAAUUGGCACAAAGGAAACAAAAAAAAGAAAAGAAAUGGAUCCUAGGUCUACUGUUUGGCAAUACUUCGAAUUUUUUUUUGAAAAUGGUUUAUUAGUUAAAGCAAAGUGUUUACAUUGUAAACAAAACUAUGCUGCUAAUACAACUAGAAAUGGAACAAGUGGACUGAGACAACAUUUGACUAACCGAUGUAAAGUGUAUAAGCCCCCGCCUGUUGCACCUGGCAUUCAAAAAUUGUUAAAUUUUCAAAGUAACAGUUCUUCGAUAGAGACUUGGAAAUUUGAGCAAGAGGUAUGUAGGAAAGCUUUAGUUGAGAUGAUAAUUUUGGAUGAGCUACCUUUUAGUUUUGUUGAAAAAGAAGGCUUUAAGAAAUUUAUGAGUAAAGUUCAACCUUUGUUUCGGAUUCCUUCUCGUAGAACCAUAACAAGGGAUUCUUAUGAAGUUUAUGGUGAAUUGAGAAUGAAUUUGAAAAUGUCUUUUAGAGAAAUACAACCAAGAAUUUGUCUCACAACAGACACAUGGACCUCGAUGCAAAGAAUCAAUUAUAUGUGUUUGACUGCUCACUUUAUUGAUAGGGAUUGGGUGCUUCAUAAAAGAAUAUUGAAUUUUUGUCCUAUAACUAGUCAUAAAGGUGAGCAUUUGGCUGAGUGUAUUAGUAAUUGUUUACUUGAUUGGAACUUGGACAAUGUCUUUACUGUUACGGUUGAUAAUGCCUCUUCAAAUGAUGUGGCGGUUUUAGAGUUGUCCAAAAAAUUAGAUAUGUGGGGAACUAAUAUGAUGGAAGGUAAGCAUCUCCAUGUGAGAUGUAUGGCUCACAUACUUAAUUUAAUUGUGCAAGAUGGUUUGAAAGAAAUUGGUCCUUCUAUCAAACAGGUGAGACAAAUGGUGAAAUAUGUUAGAUCAUCUUCUACAAGGACAAGAAACUUCUUGAAAUGUGUUGAAAUGCAAAAAAUAGAAUGUGAUAAAAUGUUGUCUUUAGAUGUGCCUACUAGGUGGAAUUCCACCUAUUUGAUGUUGGACACGGCAGAAAAAUUUGAAAAGGCUUUUGAGAGGUUUGAUCUUUAUGAUGGUAAUUUUAAUUCUUUUCUUGCUACUGAUGUUUGUGAAGAUGGAAGUAUUGCAGGUUCAAUUCAAUAUGAGGAUUGGGCUAAUGUGAGGAAUAUCACAAAGUUUCUUGAAAAAUUUUAUGAGCUCACAUUGAAAGUUUCAGGUUCACGGUAUGUUACUUGUAAUGUUUAUUUUGAGGAUAUAUGUGAGCUUGAUGCAUACUUGAAAGUAUGUAUGACAAGUGAUGAUGUUGAUUUGAGUAAAAUGGCUUCGGGGAUGAAAGAAAAGUUCAAGAAAUAUUGGGAUACUCCUGAAAAGAUGAACAAAAUGCUUUUUAUUGCUUUUGUUUUGGAUCCUCGCAAUAAAUUUAUGUAUGUUAGUUUUGCUCUUGAAGAAUUACUUGGGGAAGAAAAGGGACAGAUAGUGAAUAAUGAAGUAAAUGCUUACUUAAAGAAUUUGUUUGCGAUCUAUGUAAGUAAGUAUGCAAAAGGUUCUAAAAAUCAAUCAUCUUCAUCUGACUCCUCUGAUUCAUCUACUUAUGGUCUUUCUCAAAAUGUGAAAACAAAUUCUUUGAGAACUAAGUUUUACAUGAAGAAACAAAGGGAAGAUUCUGGAAGUUUAGGUGUUAAAUCUGAGUUGGAUAGAUAUCUUCUUGAAGACCAAGAGCCUGAAUCUGAGGACUUUGAUAGUUUGAUUUGGUGGAAAGUUAAUUCUCCUAGAUUUCCUAUACUUUCACAGUUGGCUCGAGAUGUAUUGGUUAUUCCUUUGUCGAGUGUGGCAUCGGAAUGUGCAUUUAGCACGGGUGGUCGUAUUCUUGAUCCCUUUAGAAGUUCAUUGACUCCCAAAUGUGUGCAAUGCCUUAUUUGUGUUCAAGAUUGGCUUAGACAAGAAACUAAGCUUCUUUGUGUUGAAGAAAGUUUGGAGUUUCUUGAAAAAAUUGAACUUGAGAUGGCAAAUAGUGGAAGAAACUCUUCCAUUGUUGAUCUAUGA